AUGUCCCUUGACUUUGAUAGUGGAGCUCUACAAACUCAACAUGAAGAUGAAGACUAUGACCAAGAGGAUUAUGCAAGAGAACAAGAGUUGCAACAACUGCUGACAGACCUUCCCCAUGACAUGCUGGAGGACAGUGGAGACCAGCUCUCCAGCUAUUCGGACUGCAGUAUUCAUGAGACUGAGGAGCAAUCACAUGAGCCUGGGAAGCACGAUGGAAGAUGGAAUGAUCAUCCAUUGAUAGGUGAUCCUCAAAAUGAUUAUGAACAAGGCCCAAAUCUGUACCCUGAACAAUUCUUGUGUGACCAGCAAAAUGAUCAUAUUGAAAAACGUGGAAAGAAUUGGAAUGGCCUACAUAAUGAUGAAGAGGAGAAACAUUUAUAUGAUGUUAAAGAAGAUUACUGUGGCCAGAAUGGUCAAGAGGAUCCUGAUGAUGUGUAUCUUGGUAGAGAUGGGCUUAAUGCUCCAACUUGCUACCAACAGAACAAUGUGUAUCAUCUUCCUGAAAACUUCAGGACAUAUAAAAAUAGCCAUAAACCAGAAUUUAACAAUCAGCAAAGUAAUAUAAUAAAUUUUCCAGAUGCUCCUAAGGAACAUCUUAAGCAGUUUGUUGCAUCUGAUGUUGUCAGUGGCCAAUCUCAAGAAUCCUACAAAGUGACUUACAAACCAUACCAAAAUGGCAUUCAUCAAAAAAAUCCCAUAGUCCAAGAAGGAACCAGAAGAAAUGAAGUGUUUGAAGAUUUGCAACAUGAAUUCUUGGGCAAUGAUGAAAAUUCUUCAGAAAAUAUGCAGAUUCUUCAGCUUCAGGUUCUAAAUAAAGCAAGAGAAAGACAGCUGGAAGAACUUAAUGAAAAACUCGAAAAGAGUGCACAGCAGAUUAGGUAUUUGGAUCAUCAGCUUUUGAUGGUCAAAGAUGAGAAAGAUGGUUUGGCUGUUAGUCUUCAUGAGUCUCAAAAACUCUGUCAGAAUGGAAAAGAACGGGAAGUGCAUCUUGAAGGUCAAAUAAAGGCCCUUGAAACUCAAAUUCAGACUCUUACUACCAAGGAGGAGCAGAUGUUGAAACAGUCCAAAGUGGCAGAGGUUGCCAUGGAAAGCCUGCAGAAGCAGCUGUUAGAACUUCAGCGAUCGGACGCCCUUCAGCGAGCCAGAGAACAACACGAGGCCAUUGUUUCAGCACUCAAGCAGAAGUAUGAGAAGCAGGUGUUAUCAUUAGAGCAGAAACUUGAUACUACAAAAUCUGCACUCCGAGAGCAGCAAGAGCUUUGCAAAAAUCUAGGAGAGCAUGUUAAGCAACUGGAAAAAAUGCUGGAAGAAACCAAAUGUGAAAAAACAGAAAUAAUAAAUCGGCUGACAAGAAGCCUAGAAGAAAGUCAAAAGCAAUGUGCAAGCUUACUGCAAACAGGCUCAAUGCAGGAGACAAAUCAGUUACGGUUUCAACUGCAACAAGCUCAGUCUGCACACGUGAUAAGCAAUAACAUGAACAAAGCUUUGCAGGAAGAAUUAAUGGAACUGAAGGAAGAAAUAGCUUUGUAUGAAUCUGCUGCCAAGCUUGGAGUAUUUUUGAAUGAUGCGGGUGGAAAGCUGCAUACAGACCUGGGUGAUUCCUAUGUAGAGUUAGGAAUUAAAAAAAUGGCCGGAAAGAAACCAAGGCUCUGCAGUGCAAUACAGAACAGAGACAUGGAUAAAGACCUCUCUAAAGAUGAAAUUAUUCUAGAAUUAAAAGCUGAGCUGGAACGUUUAUUGAGCAGUAAUAAAAUGAAGAGAAACCAAAUUACUCAAUUACAAAGUGAUCUUAAAGAUUGCCAGAAGACAUUAGAGGAAUAUGAGGAGUCGUUGAAAGCAGAAAAAGCAUCAAAAGAGUCAGAGGCUGUCACAAGUCUGAAUAAGUCAGUUUCCAGUCCUUCUGUUUCUGAUAACCUUAAAGAUGAAGUUCUGAGACUCAGAAAGGCUAAUGAAACUUUGCUGCAAAAAGUCGAGAACCAUACUUUGACUAUUGAAAAAAUGAAGGAAAAUGAGGAAAACCUGAAAAGCUUAAAUCAAGAUCUCUGUUGUCAGAUGAGAAAGAUGGUUCAGGAUUUUGAUCAGGAUAAACAAGAAGCCAUUGACAGAUGUGAAAGAACUUAUCAGCAACAUCAUGAGGAUACAAAAGCACAUUUUGUGAAAGACCUGAUGGAGAGGUAUGCUGCAGAAAAACAGCAGCUUACGCAAGCGUAUGAAGAGACAGUCUCACAGUUAAAGGCUAACAUAGAGGAGCUGAACAGAGAAAUGACUGCAGUGAAGGAAUGUUACAUUGGAGUCUGUAGGGAGAAGGAUACCCUGGAAGCUACUUUAAGGCAGAAAUUUGAGCAAGAGCAGCAGCUGAGGGAAGAGAAGCUCAAGAAACAGUUACUAGAAGAAAAAGAACACUCUCUUAACCUUCUGAGGACUGAGCUUGAAGAGAAACACACCAAUUCUAUGGCAGCAGCAAAGAGGCAGUGGCUGGAAGAAAAAGAACAGCAAGUUGCAGAAGAAAUUGCAUUAGCCAAAGUUGACUGGAAGAAGGAAGAAAAAGAGGUGGAAGAUAUCUUUGCAAAAAUAGAAAGAGAAUGGCAAAGUAGGCUGGAAGAAAUGAGAAGAACUGUAGUUGAAUGUAAUGACUUCAGCAGCCAAACUGACCAAGUAGCUAUUGUGGAUGAAGCUUCAACUAGAGAAUUAGAAAGGAUUGUUGAAGACCAGAGAUUGCAAAUCCAGAAGAUUCUGAAAGAAAAUAGGGCCUCUGAAAAGGCCCUAAAAGAUUUUGAAGUAGAACUGGAAAAUAAAUACCAUCAUAAUCUUGCCAGCCAGGUAGAUGCAGCUUUAACCCAAGCUCAUGCCAAGUGGCUGCAAGAAUUAACAGACCUCAAAGAGUACAAGCUAGCUCUAGUUCUUUCCGCUGCUGAAGAGAAAUGGAAGAAAGAGUAUGAGAAUACAGAGAAAUCUGGAUCAAGAAUGAAAGAACUUGAAGAAAAGAUAAUUUAUCUCAAUAAGGAAUUGGAGAUAAAGAAAGAAGAAAUGCCUGCAGCUAUCAAAGCAGAACUAGCAAAAGCCCAUGCUCAGUGGAACAAAGAAAAGCAAAAAGAAAUUCUGCAGAUACAGGAGGAAAAUGAGAGAGGCUACCAGGCAUUCGUAGAUGAGCAUAGAAACAGAAUUAAAGAGGUCCUUGCAACAGCGAAGGAAGAUCUUGCAAAGCAGAAGAAUGUUCUCUCCAUUCAGAAAGAGGCAGAAAUAAACAUGUUACUAGACCAAAAGCAGCGAGAAUGGGAGGCUCAAGAAACAAAGAGACUGCAGGACAAAAUUAAUCAAUAUGAGGAGACGACUCUGGUUGAGCUUGAGUGCUUGUUGAGUGAAAUCCACAAAGAGCUAGUCAAGUGCAUACAUAGUAAGCAGUCUUGGAAGGAUAAGUUGUUUGAUGCUCAUGUUCAAUUAAACAGUCAACACAAAGACAAACUGAAGGCUUGCUUGCAAAAGGCCUACAGAGCCACAGUUUACACAAUUCUGGAAAAGAGAGAGCAAGAAUGGAAAGAGAAAUAUGACGAGCUAGUGAGUAAGGUAAAUAAAGAAGCAUACUCUUGCCUGCAACAUGGUGAAGGAGAAACUGGGGACGUGGCAGGGCUUCCCGUGUGCAAUGUUGGACACCAAGCAGAAGCACAAAGGAAGCUGAGGAGACGGCUGCCCUUGCAGGAAACUGGAGCAGACAAAGAUGAGAAAUGUACAAAAAGGAACCUUGGGUCUCAGGAAGAUUUUUGUUGUAAACAGUGUUGCCAGGAGCUUGAAAAAAGAGAGUCUGUGUGCCAGGACUUGAAAAGAAAGCUGGAUGUAGCCCACAACUUUCAGCUUGCUGUGAGGGAACACAAAGCUAAGUCAGAGCAAAUACAAGAAAAUGAGAAGGUUCUAGAAGGUCUAACUGCAGAAAACUCUGAGAUGAAGACUAAACUGAAAGACCUGGGAACACCACUAAGGUCAGUGUCAAAGGAAGACGUCUCAAACCCUUGUGCAUCUUGUAACUCUGUGAAAGGGCUGGAAGAAAUGCGUGCUCUGUACAUUAAAGCUGUGAGCAAGAUUAAGUGUGAUGUGCUUUGCUACAUCCAUGAAAGUAAGGAGCGAGCUGCUGAAAUGAUUAAAGCUGAGGUUUCAAGAGAGCGUCAAGAAACGGCACGGAAAAUGCGCAAAUACUAUCUGACGUGUCUUCAACAGCUGCUUACUGAUAAUGGGAACCAUGAAGGGGCUGAAAAGAAAAUAAUGAAUGCUGCCAGUAAGCUUGCUACAAUGGCUAAAGGACUUGAAACACCUCUUCAACACGUUCCCCAAAGCAAGUCUACCCGCUCGGCUCUGCUGUUCCAUUCUGACCUACCACCUGGAGCUGAGUAUUCAAAAAGAGAUCGCAUGCUUCAGACUAGGCCGCAUCGCGUGAAGAGCAAAUCAAGUGGUGAAGGCAUUACUGAAAAAGCCAGUGAUCAGCUUGUCCAGAAACGUGUACCGCACAACUUGAGGCAGCAGUUUGAUGCAUUGCAGACAGAAAUGCAACAUAUGCUUCAUGAAACAGUGACUUCAAAUAUUCAGAAUGGGAGUAACUCUACAAAUCUGGAUGAUGCUUCAGGAGAUGCUCUGCCAGAGGUUUAUCCAAGUGAAGAUGGAAGAAGACAAAAAAAUGACUCCAUUGUAAACGUAGACAAAGGACUCUUGUGUGCUGCUAGUAAUAUGGCACAUCAGAAUGCUCCUCCAUCUGCUUUUCCAGUCACGUUAGAGUAUAUGCAUGCACCCAGCUUUACAAAUGGCCAUACCAUCUCCGGGCCAACUCAUCGUAUGCCUAGGAGCAAGAACGAAAGAACCGUCUUGAAAGAGGAUAAAUGUAUGCAGUCAUGUGGAAAAUGGAAAACUAAAUCUAAAAUAACUCAGGAAUUUGAUUUCCAGGAAACUCCAGAAAGAGAUGAUGGAAGCUGCAGUGAACGGAGUUCUGCGAAUGGGAGCCUGCAGCUGGAUUGUAGUGAUAGGCCUCUCUUGUAUCCUGAACAAAAGGCCAGUACUAGUGGACAAGCACAGACUGCAUACUGUGAAGAGUUUCUUCAUGUCAGGUCAUCUUCCCCUGCAGAUGAAAACGUGACUUCUUGGAGAGAGAUUUCUAAUGGCAAGAUUCUCAGCAGAAAAAGCAACGCUAAAGUUUCCAGUAGAAGCCACCUGAUAACAAACCCAGAGCAUACUCCGUUCCUCAACUCUGACAAAUCAAAUUCUGCUGUCACACAGCUGAAUGCAUCAACAGAUUCAAAUGUAGAAAAAUGCUGCAACAAAUGCUUGGAAAAAAGUGGUGUGGGAUCCCCAGGUUCUUCAGCAAGAUACUGUUUUUAA